CUUCUAAUCAUGUCUGGAAGAGGAAAGGGCGGUGGGAAAGGUCGUGCCAAGGCGAAGUCUCGAUCGUCCCGGGCUGGCCUGCAGUUCCCGGUGGGCCGUGUUCACAGGCUCCUGAGAAAGGGUAACUAUGCUGAGCGUGUGGGUGCCGGAGCGCCGGUCUAUCUGGCUGCGGUGCUGGAGUAUCUGACGGCUGAAAUCCUGGAGCUGGCUGGCAACGCGGCCCGGGACAACAAGAAGACCCGCAUCAUCCCCAGGCACCUGCAGCUGGCCGUGCGCAACGACGAGGAACUCAACAAGCUGCUGGGAGGGGUGACCAUCGCUCAGGGCGGGGUGCUGCCUAAUAUCCAGGCCGUGCUGCUGCCCAAGAAAACUUCCGCUGCUGGAUCUGCUAAAAAGUGAAGAGACCAUUCUUGAAUCUGACAACCCAAAGGCUCUUUUAAGAGCCACUCACAGCAUCUGUGAAAGGAGCUGUAAUCUCUGUCGGGUUGAAUUACUUUCCUUUUAAUAUGUAGAGCCCUGGCCGUUGUACCUGACAUCACUAAAUUUCUAUUUCGUUUUUAUUGGAUAUUGUGGGAGCAGAGGAAGAUAAUAUCAUCGAAUACGAUUGUAAGGGUGUCUGGAACGACAUUAUUUCUCAUCGCACGGCUACUGUCUGAGUGAUCAUUAUGCUUGAUCAAUGUUCGAGUUUUGAAUAGUGUCACGGAUGUUCCCGAUCGAGUUUGGCUUCACAUUUCCUUUUAAUUGCAUCAAUAAACUGAAUCCUCCCACUGUCUCUGCACCAUACACCUCUGCAAUUUAUUCUCUGCUCGGUUCAUACCCACUCUUAUUUUCGCCAGCCUCUGGAGAGAGAGCGUGUUCAACAGCAGUCAGUCAUUUGUCAGCUGUAAAAGCCAGAUUACCUGUCCGAAAACAAUCGCUGCCCGAACGAGUAAGAAUGCGCCACAUAACACAGCCGCAGGCUCCCAGAGUGUUAUGCCUGGGAAAUGUAAAUACCGUAAUAUGUAACGUUAAUGUCUG